GAAGAAGGCAACAUUAAAGAGAUUGCAAUAACAUAUCACGUCAAAGAAGGGCAUGAAAAAGCAGACCCUUCACAAUUUGAGCUUCUUAAAGUACUGGGACAGGGGUCUUUUGGAAAGGUAUUCCUUGUAAAAAAAAUCUCAGGAUCUGAUGCUAGACAGCUGUAUGCAAUGAAGGUUUUAAAAAAGGCAACUUUGAAAGUUCGAGAUCGUGUUCGGACGAAAAUGGAACGUGACAUCUUAGUAGAAGUUAAUCAUCCCUUUAUUGUUAAAUUACAUUACGCUUUUCAAACAGAAGGGAAGCUGUACCUUAUUUUAGAUUUUCUCAGGGGAGGAGACUUGUUUACACGCUUAUCCAAAGAGGUGAUGUUCACAGAAGAUGAUGUCAAAUUCUACUUGGCUGAAUUAGCACUUGCUUUAGAUCAUCUACAUAGUUUGGGAAUAAUAUACAGGGACCUAAAGCCGGAAAACAUACUACUUGAUGAAGAAGGACAUAUUAAAUUAACAGAUUUUGGCUUAAGCAAGGAGUCUAUUGAUCAUGAGAAAAAAGCCUACUCUUUCUGUGGAACAGUGGAAUACAUGGCACCAGAAGUAGUUAAUCGGCGAGGUCAUACACAGAGUGCAGACUGGUGGUCGUUCGGUGUGUUAAUGUUUGAAAUGCUCACUGGUACUCUACCUUUCCAAGGGAAAGACAGAAAAGAAACCAUGACUAUGAUUCUCAAAGCCAAACUUGGAAUGCCCCAGUUUUUAAGUUCAGAAGCUCAAAGUCUUUUGCGAAUGCUUUUCAAGAGAAACCCUGCAAACAGAUUAGGAGCAGGUCCAGAUGGAGUUGAAGAAAUUAAGAGGCACCAUUUUUUCUCUACAAUAGAUUGGAAUAAAUUAUACAGGAGAGAAAUUAAUCCACCAUUUAAACCUGCAACUGGUAGACCUGAAGAUACGUUUUAUUUUGAUCCUGAAUUUACAGCAAAAACUCCAAAAGAUUCACCUGGUAUUCCUCCCAGUGCUAACGCUCACCAACUCUUCCGAGGCUUCAGUUUUGUAGCAAUUGCAUCAGAUGAUGAAAGUCAACCAAUGCAGACGUCUGGUGUGCACUCAGUUGUUCAGCAGUUGCACAGGAACAGUAUUCAGUUUACUGAUGGAUAUGAAGUCAAACAAGACAUAGGAGUUGGCUCCUAUUCCGUAUGUAAAAGAUGUAUACAUAAAGCAACGAACAUGGAAUAUGCAGUAAAGAUUAUAGACAAAAGUAAAAGGGACCCUACGGAGGAAAUUGAAAUCCUGUUGCGAUAUGGACAGCAUCCAAAUAUUAUUACUCUCAAAGAUGUGUAUGAUGAUGGGAAAUAUGUAUACCUAGUAACCGAACUAAUGAAAGGAGGAGAACUGUUGGACAAAAUCCUUAGACAAAAGUUUUUUUCUGAACGAGAAGCCAGCGCUGUCCUGUUGACAAUAACAAAAACUGUUGAAUACCUCCAUGCACAAGGAGUGGUACACAGAGAUUUGAAACCUAGCAAUAUCCUGUAUGUUGAUGAAUCGGGCAAUCCAGAAUCGAUACGGAUUUGUGAUUUUGGAUUUGCAAAGCAACUGAGAGCAGAAAAUGGCCUUCUAAUGACUCCUUGUUAUACAGCAAACUUUGUUGCUCCCGAGGUUUUAAAAAGGCAAGGGUAUGAUGCAGCAUGUGACAUAUGGAGCCUUGGUGUUCUGCUUUAUACGAUGCUGACAGGCUACACUCCCUUUGCAAAUGGCCCUGAUGAUACCCCAGAGGAAAUUUUGGCUCGUAUAGGUAGUGGGAAGUUCUCUCUCAGUGGAGGAUACUGGAAUUCUGUUUCAGAUACAGCAAAGGAUUUGGUUUCAAAAAUGCUUCAUGUUGACCCUCAUCAGAGAUUGACAGCUGCCCAAGUUCUAAAGCAUCCAUGGAUUGUUCACUGUGACCAGUUGCCUCAGUUCCAGCUAAACCGGCAGGAUGCUCCACAUCUUGUAAAGGGUGCCAUGGCGGCUACAUAUUCUGCAUUGAACCGGAAUCAAUCACCUGUUUUAGAGCCAGUGGGUCGUUCUACACUUGCUCAGCGGAGAGGUGUCAAAAAAAUUACCUCAACUGCCCUGUGAAGUUACCUCAAUUGAAAAUGUUGGUACCAUAGUUAAAGAUGAUAGCACAAAUCUUGGCAACAGGUAGCACAUAUCCAAGAUACCUGCAAGCACACUGUUCCAGUUGGUACCUGUUAUGCUGCUGUUUCCUGCUUUCAUCUACUCUUGCUUUAAACUAUUGAUGGUUUAAAAAAAAACAUUGCCCGUCAGAUGGAAUGUAAAUCAAUAGAAAAAGAACAUGCAUAUGAGAAAAUUAUGAAAACUUCUCACAUAAAUACACUGAAUAAAGCACUCUGCACCAUAUAGCAUUAUUUUUAUGGGGAAUGUUUCUGGUCCCUUUAAAAUAUUCUUUGUUACAUGGAUGGAUGGACCAUUUAUGUUAAGCACUUAGCUUAAACAAUCUGUUUAUAUUAGCACUGUAUUAUUUGUGCCAUCCAGCAUUUUAUAUGUUUUGUAAACUUAUCAUAAACAGUACACUAUACUGUUUCUUUUACAUGCCUUCUAUUUAGACUAAUUAAAGGACAAUGAAAUCUGAUUAAAUAGUUAAUCAGUAUGGUUGGACAUCUCUAAAGCAGCUAGACUGUUAAACAGCUAUUGAAUGUAACUUUGUGAAUAAACAUUUCCCUUGCCUAUGUCUCAACCCACAGAUGCAUUGUUUAGGAGUCAUGAGAAACUAAAGCUGUUAUAGCAGUUAAAGUUAUAAUAGAACUCUCACUGUUACUCAGAUUCUCACUUGGCACUGACCUGAGGUGAAAAGUAUCUGUGUAUCUCUAGUUCCCUUGUCUUUUUAUUGACCUUGGAAGCCAUGGCAGAAUAGUUGUAUUUCAGUCCAGGCUUUGCCCAUAGCUAGCCAUUCUUUAAUGUCACUGCUUUAACAGGAGGUAUAAGUCUUGUGCAGGGCUUCAGUGUUUGUGUGGGGGUGGGGGAGUCAUUUUAAAAGCUAUAGUGGUUCAUGGUCUAAUAAUAGGUAUGUUAAAGGAUUUUUUUUUCUGUGAUCAGGGCAUCACUAAAAGCAGAUCUGUUUCAGCUACUUUCAUGCUGCAAUCAAAAAUAGCAUGAAUGUACCCAGAGUGUUUGAGACCAGUUAUUGUGGACAAUAGAGUUGAUGGUCUUCAGGUUAACAACCUUGUUGUUGAUAGUAUAAGAUCAGGAUCCAAGCAAAACAGAGCAGCAUCUUCAGUUUUUAAUCUUCUUUGAAAAGAAGAAAAUAGCACUAUAUCUUCGACUCUUUCCCAGUCCCAAUAUCGUUUGUACGCUUUCUGGGAAACACUGAAGUUACAUUGAGCAAAAUGUGCAAAAAUGAGCAAAAAAAUACUGAAAAGGAGUAUAAUUUCAAUGAAUUGUCCCAGUAUUCUACCAAAGACAUUCUUCUCUAUGUAACAUUUUCCCAUUGUAUAUUGUCACUAAUGUAGUCAUCAUUCAGUGUGUUAAAGAAAAUGACAGCAAAGAGAAGUUUAGUGUUGGUCUUGGUGCAAAUGCUCACUUUCCUUCUGUCCUGGAGUCCCAUGAUUUUUCUUGUUCUUCCUCUUCAGAUUUAUUUGUAGAAAACUACUUCAUCUUACAUGCUUUUGCCUUAAUAUGCUCAUGUGAUUACUCAUUGUAUUCUAUCUGCUUUAUGUUAGCAGUUUUUUCAGGUCAUCAAAAAUAAUACAGUUUCAUUCAGAACUAAUUAUUUAAAAACAUAAUUGCAAUUUUAAGAACUGAUUGUUUUCUUUCCUUUUUGCAUCUGAAUAAUUUGCAGUUGUAUUUGUUUUCAGAGCUGCCUGCUCUUCUGGAUAUAUUUUCCUUUAGUUAUGCCACCCAGCAGCCUUUAAUUUAUUAUUAUUUGAUGAAUUUUGAUCUUUAGAUCCCAUUUUACACUUUUUUUGCUAUGCAUAGGAACUUUUCAACACCAUCUCUUCUCUGCAUGUUGCCUGCAGCCUUCAUUGCAAUGAUAAAUAUGAAAGUCCUAAUCCCCCGACUGACCUGAACAUUAUUUUAAUUAUUCUGAACACUUCACAUUGAGUUACAGAAGAAUUUAGCUGAUAAUCUGGGAGAUAUGUCCACUGUUAUUUGUUCAUGUUAAUUUUUAGUGUUCUAUGCGAAGGAUGAGCCAUCUGCAUUUUCUUAGCUGGAGUUCUUGAGCGGUGGUCUAUAAAAUGAUCACUCAAUGUAUCUUCUUAAUGUUCUUCCUUUUAUUUUUACCUACAGUUUUAAAUAGAUUGCUGCUAUUACUUAUGCGGUCCUUGAUGUUUCAUCCCCAGUAUAUCAUUAGCAUCUCAGCACCAUUUUGCCUCUAAAGCACAUAUGAUGCAAUUCACAGCUAAAUAAAUAGAAUUUGUAAUGUAUAUCUGACUUCUGAAGGGCGCAUAAAAAGUGUGCAUUGUUCUCAUGGAGCUUUUGUGUUUCACACACGUUUUAAAUUAUUGUGAAGGAAAACCAUCUCAUCACUUUCUGCAAGGUCAGCCAUGCAAAGUGUUAUCAUACACAGGCUAUUUAAAGUGGAGAAAUAUAGCAAGAGGAUCUUAAAAUUGGUAAGAAUGUUGAAAUAUUUGCAGUUAUCUGUGGAAGAUCCAGGAAGUUUGCUUGGUUUCUGAAGUUAAUUCUGGGACAAGGUAAGAUUGACCAGAAGCUAGAAGGCUCCCCUCCCCCCCUUAGUCUGUAACAGCAGUCUGUACAGUCAUAUCUUAUCCUAUGCCGUGGAAAAUUUUAACUUAUUUUAAUGUAGUAUUCUUCCCCAACAUUUCAUAAACCCAAGAAAAUUGUUCUAGCCAAUUCAAAAAUUCACUUGAGGAUUGACUUCUUCAAGGGGUAUCUAGUAUUUCAAGGUGUUGGCUCUUUCAUUAUUAAAACUUACUCUGUAGAAUUCUUUGCAUGAGACCCUUGUCAAGAAAGAAAGAUACUUUGAAAUCAUCAUAAUUGCAUGCAGUUGAAUUCAGACUUAUUCAUUCUUUUAUUCUUUGCUCAGUUUUUGCUAUAAUUUUAUGGGCCAGAGGUAAUCCAUUUUAGAGCUCUUCUAUGAGUGAAAACUCAUACCUGACUGCAAAGGAUGGAAGGCCAGUUUCCCUAGAUGUACUCUCAGAGUUCUUUUUUUCCCAGCAUUGUCCUUACACAGCUCUCCUUCAUCUUCCUGAACUUUACUUUAUAAUGGCUUCUUGGUCAGCCUGGGUAGCAAUAAUCUUGAUUUGUUUCAAACAAAACAUAUCUGAUUUUAUCACUGAUUUUCUUUUACUGUGUAGUCACAAGCUAAUAUCAGAAGUAAAAAUUUCCUAAGUUGCACUGAGUGUGAUUCCGAAAGCAUCAUAUUCAUUGGGGAAAAUGGGAGCCUUCAAAAGAUUUUACAGGUGAAAAUGAUUCUCAAGAUAGGUAAUAGUACGUUUAAAGACUUAGUUUUUGUUUCUGAUCACUGCCGGCAAGUGAUCAAACAGCAAGGUUUUCCUUUUUCUUUCUUUUUAUACGACUCUUUAAAUGCUACAGUCCUAUAACAAUUAAAAUACAUUUAAACCCAAGAAGCCACUACUACAGUUAAAAAUGUGUGUAUUCAAAACUGCCCAAGUUACAAUGCUAUAAAUUAACUGUGACAUCAGGCAGUAUUUUCACUUCAUCUUUUAAUAGCUUUUUAAAAAGAGUUUCUUCUAACCUUUCACUCUCAUCACUUGAUAGAAGCUUUUUCAAUAUUACUUUAUCUGAAAGUACUGUAAAAUGUAACUAUUAAAACACUUAUGAUUGUUUUACAUGUGAGAAAAAUAACCAGCCACCCUUCUUGACUCUGCUUUUUUCCUUCUUUGUCUUUAAUUAUUAGUAUCAAUGAUUCAUAUUAUAAUUCAAAAGAUUUAAAAAAUAUUUACUACAUUUCUUAUUUCGUGAAUUGGUAAACUUAAGCUACUCAGUUUAGGACUGCUGGACCAGCCAUGAUUUUUAAAGUAUAGUUUAACAAAAAAACCAACAAUCGUGAGUUUACUAGAAAAACAGCAUCUAUAGAGUAUACAUUUCCAUGGCCACUUCACCUUUCCUGUGUAUUCACAACUGUGGUAGGAAAAAUCAAUAUGCUUGCUUAAAUGCAGCCUUGGCACCUUAAACCACAAGAUUGAAUUAUUACCACUUUAAAUUUGUGGUACUCAUGGGGCUCUUUCAUAUGAAGUGAAAUUGCUGCUCCUUUUCUGCCUCCUACAUAAGCAAGAUCUCUGGAUCUAUAUUGCCAUUCGGUAGACAUUGAGCAGGAACUUUCAGUUUCUACUGUUUCUCUCUGAUUAUGAAACAACUGUCCAGAACUGAACAUCUCCUGGCAAAAUGUUAAGCAGUGCACCUUACCUCAAAUAAGCACUGUGUUGUCCAAGAAACAUGAAAAGUGAGAUAAACUGAAGAAUUGUAGUUAGAUGGUUAGCAAAGCAAAAUAAAUUAUCAGUUAUGAUUUGAAUAUCUAAGAAAAAGUGAGAGUUCUGUUCUGCGCCUUGUUAGAUUAGCUGUCUAGUAAAGAGGAACCAAGUGAAGUAUUUAAAGUGGCUUUUAAAUACAUAAUCAGGGCAUAAGGAAAUGUAUUUAGAUUUUUGUUGCUGUAAAUGUAGAUGGACUGAAGUGCUGCUUUUCUGAUAAUAGAAAAGAGAGCUUGGUAAGCAGUAAUGAACAGCUUUUAACUCAUGAAAAUGAUGUAUAUGAUUAGCUUUAUCUUGAUACUUCAGACCUAAUCAAAGGGACAGUGCACUCAUGAGGGAUGUAAUUAUUUUGCAGUUUUAGUGAAGGGGGUUGGGUUGGGGAAUCUACUUAAGAGAUUUUUUAAAUAUAUCAGAAAAUAUUUUUCUACAGUUCUGUACAAUCAUUCUUUAUAUGACUUCCUCAGCAUGGCAUGUAAGUCUAAGGUACAGUAUAAAGGUUCAAUUGUAUUGUACCUUUAGGGUAGAACAUUUUUUAAAAGCAUCUACCAGAUACUUGUAUUAGCAUAAUGGAAUGGAAAUGCUAGUAAAAAGCCUAAAUAGUACUGAAUACUUGACUGUUUCAUAGAGAGAGAGAGAGGCUUGAAUGUUUCAAAAAUAUGUGUACAUGUGUAAUCAGAAGUAUUCCAGACAUAACCACAAACAGACCUGGAAAGAUACCAUUGCUUGUAUCCUUGUCAAAAGGCAGGUUUUGUAGUCUUCAAAAGAAACUGAAUUUAUACAGCAAAUAAACUUUCAAAGAUAUUAA